GUAGGAAGGUCCGUGCUGGGCGCGCAACAUUGGCGGCCGAAAGCUUUCUGAACAUCGUCGGGCAGGGCCCUCGUCUAACCUUGCGACUUACAUCUUCAAGGACGAACCCGACUCCAUUCCUAAGAAGAAGCCCGCUAGCUCUCGGCCUCCAAAGCUCUCAAUAUGGCGCGAAAUUCGGAAAAAGCGCAGAGCAUGCUCUUUCGCUUCCGCGAGGCACAAGCCGCGGAUCUGGGCAUUAUCGACAUCGGCCGAACAAGGCGACCAAGAGUGAUUACCGAAGUCGAUUCGAUACCUUCUUGCGAGAAAUGGCGCGGCCAGGUGCUCAAGGAGAUCUCUCGCAAGGUCUCCAAGAUCCAAGACACGGCUCUCAGCGACUACCAGAUCCGCGACCUUAACGACGAGAUCAACAAGCUCAUGCGGGAGAAAUACAUGUGGGAGGUGCAAAUACGGAACCUGGGUGGGCCGAAUUACAUGCGCGGAGGCGGCAAGAUCUACGACGAGCAAGGGCGAGAGAUACCGGGCGGCGGCAAGGGCUACCGCUACUUCGGACGCGCAAGAGACCUGCCUGGUGUCAAGGAGCUGUUCGAUGCCGCGAGGGCGAAGGCGACGAACGAGAAGCCUCUGGAGACGAGAGACGACUUGCGAAAACAGGUCGAUGCCGCCUACUACGGUUACGCGCCAGACGAGGAGGACCCGGAGCUGCUCGCCUACGAACUCGCCAAGGAAGAGGAGGCGUUUAAGCACAUGGCGAAGACGGGCAAGCAGCAACCGCCCCCGAACUGGGAGCCAUUGCCGGGCGACACGGGCGACGGGAAGAGCUGGGAGCUACCGACGCUGGAGGAGGUGCAGGAGGAGUUGAUCAACAGGCGGCGGCAGAAAUUACUCGACCAGUUAUAGCAGACAAGCCGUGCGCUACCUUUCCGCGCACGAUGAGAGCUGCUUGCUUCUGUUGGAGGAGGGAUACCGGUCACAUUUUUCCAAUGCUGCGUGGCUGCUGUACCAUUUCAUAGUUCAAUGUUUGGGGUUCACUUACGGCCUGUGAUGAUGGCUGGCGUUCUCGGAUGGCUUACGGUUGAUCGAAUACCAAAAACGACAUUUCUCACCCACUUUACAGUACCUGAAAGACUUUCAUCUC